UUGGUCAGAGGCAGUGAGUCUGAUAUCCACAGCAGCAAGGAGUUAGACUCAGACUCUUUAGGAGAGGACUACGAUGAUGACGAUGACGAUGAAGAUGAUGAAGAUGAUAUCAAUGAUGAAGAUUCUGGAAGCAGUCUGUCAGAGUCAGAGAGCAAUCUGGAGAGCGACUCUGAUGGCUCCGAGGAUGAUAUGAAAGAGCGUGGUGAGACAGAAGCAGAUAGCGAUGCAGAAAGGACUCCUCUAAAACAAGCUAAAGCAAGUCCCCGGAAGUCCCCUUCAAACAUCUCAGCCAACUGCUCCCUGCUUAACCUGCACAUCAUCAAGCCUCCUAGUUUACCUAGUAGUCUACUCACCCCUACCACAAUGACCCACUCAGGGACACUGAGUAACCACAGCACCCCGUCCCCAUCCUUCACAUUUGCCACACUGCCAGGAUCUGGAAAGAGGAGGAGAGUGACAGAUGAAAGAGUUCUACGACUGCCCCUUGAGUUUGGGUGGCAGAGAGAGACCCGGAUCAGGACUGUAGCAGGUCGUCUACAAGGGGAGGUGGCUUACUUUGCUCCAUGUGGGAAGAAGCUGCGUCAGUAUCCUGAUGUAAUGAAGUACUUACUCCGGAAUGGAAUAACUGAAAUCUCACGGGAUAACUUCAGCUUUAGUACAAAAAUUAAAGUUGGUGACUUCUACGAAGCCAGAGAAGGACCAGAGGGUUUGCAGUGGUUCUUGCUGGCUGAGGAAGAGAUUGCUCCCAGUAUCAUAGCAAUGGAUGGGAGGCGCAGCCGCGGCUCAAAAUCUGAGCACCAGCCGACAGGUGAUGGCACCGGGGCCAGACAGUGGAAGGCUCAUCCUCUAAAUGCUGGUGAAAAUAACCUCCAAGAUGUCAGUAAUGCCAAGUUGCUACGUAAACUGGAGGCUCAAGAAAUAGCUCGACAGGCAGCUCAGAUCAAAUUGAUGAGAAAACUGGAGAAGCAGGCCAUGGCGCAAGCAGCCAAGGAGGCAAGGAGGCAACAAGCAAUAAUGGCCGCUGAGGAGAGGCGGAAAAAGAGAGAGCAGAUGAAGAUUCUUAAACAGCAAGAGAAGAUCAAGCGCAUUCAGCAAAUUCGUAUGGAGAAAGAACUCCGUGCACAGCAAAUUCUCGAGGCUAAAAGAAAGAAGAAACAAGAUGCAGCCAAUGCCAGAAUAUUGGAGGCUGAGAAACGAAACAAGGAGAAGGAGAUGCGAAGACUGCAAGCUGUCAUACUGAAGCACCAGGAGUUGGAGAGGCAUAGACUAGAUAUGGUAUGGGAGAGAGAAAGACGCAGGCAGCACAUGAUGCUCAUGAAGGCUGUGGAGACCCGUAAGAAGGCAGAGGAGAAAGAGCGUCGGAAGAAAGAGAAGAAGGAUGAGAAACGGUUAAACAAGGAGAGGAAACUGGAGCUCAGAAGACUGGAACUGGAAAAAGCGAAGGAGCUGAAGAAGCCAAAUGAAGACAUGUGUUUAGCAGAUCACAAGCGGCUUCCAGAGUUGUCACGUAUCCCUGGUUUGGUCUUACCUGGAAACACCUUCUCUGACUGCCUGAUGGUGCUGCAGUUUCUACGCAGCUUCGGAAAGGUCCUGGGAUUAGACAUGAAUUUAAACAUCCUCAGCCUAAGUGACCUUCAAGAGGGGUUACUCAACGUCGGGGACAGCAUGGGCAAGGUGCAGGACCUGCUGGUGAACAUGCUCUCUGCAGCUGUGUGUGAUCCGGGUAUACCUGCAGGUCACAAGAGCAAAACCAGCUUGGGGGAUCACUUGACUAAUGUGGAGAUCAACCGGGACAAUGUGUCUGAGAUCCUGCAGAUCUACAUGGAGGGCCACUGUGAGCAGACAGAGCUGGCUGCUCUGGCCCUCAGCCUCAGGACUAAGGCUUUUCAGGCACACAGUCCAUCUCAGAAAGCCUCCAUUCUAGCUUUCCUGGUUAAUGAGCUCUGCUGCAGUAAAGCUGUGAUCAGUGAAAUCGACAAAAACAUAGAUCACAUGACCAACCUGAGGAAGGAUAAGUGGGUUGUUGAGGGAAAGCUUCGCAAACUGAGGAGCAUCCACGCCAAGAGGACGGGGAAGAGAGACAGCAGUGUGGUAGGAGAGGACAGCCACACCUUUGCCAUCCCCACUGCCAGAAGCAAAUGCAAGAGAAAAGACGGGGACAGUGAGGAAGAGGAGGACGAGGAUGAUGACAGUGAGGACCAAGGAGAUGACGAUGACGAGGAGGAGGAAGAAUCAGGGGGAAAGAAAGGCAAGAAAGCAGAGAUAUGUGAAGAGGAGGACGACAGUGUACAUUCAGCCAGCAUUGAGGAGCUGGAGAGACAGAUUGAGAAAACAUAUAAGCAACAGAGUCAGAUCAGACAGAAGCUGUUUGACUCAUCUCACUCACUGCGCUCCAUGAUGAUUGGACAGGACCGCUACAGGAGGCGUUACUGGGUCCUCCCACACUGUGGUGGCCUCUUUGUUGAAGGCAUGGAAAAUGGCGAAGGUUAUGAAGAGGUGGAGAAAGAGAAGGAAAGACAGGAGACUGCUCAGGUGAUAAUGGUGAAGGAGGAGCAGCUGGAAGAGACAAAGAAGCCAGUGAUAACCAGCAUGGACAGCGAUACAGCCACUCCAGAGAGUCAGCAGGACAGUCUCAAUCUCUUCCUCCAGAAACCUGGCUCCCUAUCUAAGCUCAGCAAACUCCUUGAAGUUGCCAAAAUGGCUCGAGAUUCAGACAUCAAUUCACACCACAGUCAUUCUGCUAAAAUCCCUACCGCUGCAUCUUAUCCUUCACAUCCCACUUCUCAGACAGGAAUGUCCCACAGCACCCUGCCUGUAACCCCUCAGCAGGGACUCACAGAUAAAACUGGUACUUCAGUGCCAUCUCUGCUCAGUGCCCCCCAGCUCAAAAGCAGUCCCUGGAUAACCUGCAGCCCUCAGACUGUCCUUCAUGACGACCAACUCUCCAAAAUACUGACGGAAAAGAGCAACCAAUGGUUUAGCCUUUUACCACGCUCUCCUUGCGACGAGUCCUCUGUCACCUCUGGCUCUAGUCCUCCAGCCUCUUACUCUUCUCCACAGACCAUAAGCACCAAAUCCCCCUCCUCCCUCUCCCCGAAUCUCCUAGCUGCAACCAGCCACAGCACUCCUGCUGGGAUCAAUAACAUACAAUCGCCUGUCCUUCAGCAAGUAAAGUCUGGCAUUCAUCAGAGCAGACUGACACUGUGUGACGUGUCCAGUGCAGCGACAAGUCCCAGCCUGCCCUUCCCUGGCACUGCUCUACCCCCCGUGCCGGAUCUGGCCUCCCAGCAUGCAGAGGGUAGUGGGAACAGGGUCUUCUUCCUGGUGAAUAACAACUCUGUCAACAAGAGUGAGACCGUAGAGGCCCUGAGUGACAAGCCCCCUAAUGCCUCUUUCCCUGCUGUGGAGGUGGCCAAGACCCAGGAUUACCCAAGAACUCAGCCUAUCCCAGAGGAGAUGCUGCAUGGUUGGUGGCGAGUGUCAGACAUGCAGGAACUGCACAGUCUGGUUAAGGCCCUCCAUAACCGAGGCAUCAGAGAGCGGGUCUUGCAGAAACAGUUCCAAAAACAUAUGGAGUAUAUGAGCCAGCUCUGUAACAGCAAAGAUGUGAUUGAUGUGGCAGAGCUGGAGAAGCAGGAGGUGAGUGAGAAGACAGUGGAGAGUUGGUGCGUUGAGGAGCAGGCCAUGGAGGUGGACAUCGGCCUGCUGCAGAAGGUGGAGGAUCUCGAGAGGAAAGUUGUCUGUGCCAGCCUGCAGAUAAAGGGUUGGAUGCACCCUGAGCCCCAGUCAGAGAGGGAGGAUCUGGUCUAUCAUGAGCACAAGCUCCUCUCUUCGCCAGCUCCAGAGAACAAGGGUCAGAGAGAAACCAGCCCGGAGGAAGCUGGGGCUAUGGUGCGACGGCCAAACAAUCCUCUUGAUAUAGCUGUAAUGCGGCUAGAUGAGCUGGAGAGGAACAUCGAAAGAAGUGAGGAGGAGGUGGCUCCUGGGAUGAGGUUGUGGCGUAAAGCCCUCUGUGAAGUCCGCAGCUCAGCUCAGCUGUCACUCUGCAUUCAGCAGCUGCAGAAAUCCAUCGCCUGGGAACGGUCCAUCAUGAAAGUGCACUGCCUCCUCUGUCAAAAGGGGGAUAAUGAAGAACUGCUCUUACUUUGUGAUGGCUGUGACAAAGGCUGCCACACAUACUGCCAUAAACCCAAGAUCACCACAGUACCUGACGGUGACUGGUUUUGUCCCACUUGUGUUGCAAAGGAAAGUGGUCAAUCCCCCUGGAGUAGGAAGCAACAGAGCCGAACAGCUGGAGGAGGGAAGAAAGGCAGUGAGGUAAAACGAAAUAGUAAGCCAUCUGUGGCAGGAGAGCUCAUCAAAGAGGAAGCUGCCAGCAGCAACAGCGUGCCAAAAAAAGGUACCAAGGAGCUCAAGAAGAGGAAAGGAGACGACAGCCCGCCCAGCUCCCAGGCCAAGCACGACAGCCCCGUCUCCUGUGCAAAAAAAGCCAAAAUGCCUAAAGACGACACAAAUGGGCUGGCAGUGUGCCACGUGCUCCUGGCUGAGCUGGAGAGCCAUCAGGAUGCCUGGCCCUUUCUCACGCCCGUCAACCACAAAGCUGUACCCGGAUACAGGAAAGUCAUCAAGAAGCCCAUGGACUUCUCCACCAUCAGAGAAAAACUCGCCACCAACCAGUACUUAAAUUUGGAGACUUUCAUCAUUGACGUGAACCUGGUAUUUGAUAACUGUGAAAAAUUCAACGAAGAUGAUUCAGAAAUUGGACGAGCCGGCCACAACAUGAGGAGAUUCUUUGACAAACGAUGGACUGAACUGCUGAAGUAAAAAAAAAAGAAAAAAAAAUUAAAGCGUGCUACUUUCUACAUAUCAGACUUUCUUUUGGUGUCAGAGGCCUUCUUUUCACCUGUGACACUAAAUCAGUAUACACUUAUAAUAACACUAAUGUGCAAUUUGAAAGGACAAACACUCCUGAUUUAUCUGGUGAGACAAAAAAAAAAACACUUAAUGGAUUAGUAUCUUCAAGUGCAAUACUGUUUUCUUUAUCUCAAUGCACUGACUCUUAGACUCAACAUUGUAUUUGGGAAUCAAAGAUUUCACUGUAGAUAGGUAAUUGUCUUUUUUUUUUUAAUCACCAGUACUGCAGCAUAGGUUUGUGUAUACGUGUAUUUAUUUUUCAAGUGUUUAUGGUCAGUCUUUUCUAAGAAAAAGUAGGAAAUGGCACACAGCUUUAACAAAAUUUAAAGAUUGUUUUCUGGACUAUUGAACAAGCCAAUCCAAAAAAAAGGUGUUUACAGCAUUGUGACUAUAAGGUGCCGGCAGUGCUACUGUUCAUCUGCAUUUGUGACUUGUGUACAAUACAAGGAGGUAUCACUGACACAUGUAUAGUGUUAAUUUCUGUCUCCGUUUACAGGUCUUAUUUCUAAAGUGUAUAGCUCUGUACAUACUAAACAGUCUUGUUGAAUAUAUUGUCAAUGCAUAAGGAUGAUUGUAGCAUUUAAUACAGUGUAUGUCUUACACAUUGCCUGUGCUGAAUAUCCACUCAAGCACUGUGGUCUCCUCAGUAUUGUAGUGCCUGACCUCUGACCUCUGAACAGUGUGUGGAGGAGUGCGUUUGUUUUUUUUUUUUUUUUUUUACUAUUUUCAGUGUGUGUACUGUAUGUGUGUCCUGCACAAUAUACUGUAAGAAACCUUUGCAGAAAAUGUAAAAUUCUUGAGAGCUUUUCCUCUGAACAAAAUUGACAUGGUGCACAGUGUGUUUCAUCUCCAAGCAUUUCCUUCAACCAGAGUCUUGUCAGACAUCCUGUGGACAGACGUGAAACCUGCACUGGGCUUUAAUCCAGAUGGGAGUCAGACAGAGUCAUGGUCCACUGGAGGCAUCUCAAGACAGCUGAAGUCAGAAGACUUGAAGUAACUGUAUUUUAUUAUUAAUAUUAUGAAAUGAGUAGCACUUUUUGUAGGAAUAUUAUUUUUAAAUAGUGAAUGUGUGGUACGGAUUAAAAUAAACCUGUUUUUCAAACUAA